CUAAAACUCAUGAAAUACAAUCAGAAGCUAUUUUUGGACCAGGUGAUUGCAUAGGCGAUAUAGAUGUCAUGGAAAACUCCCCAAGAACAAAUACUUAUGCAGCCACAACCAACUGCGAGCUUCUGGCUGUAUUUAAUACGAAUUAUAAGCAAAUUCUUCAACCAUUUAUGCAGAAAUUGUGGCUGGAAAAAAAAUCGGCACUAAGGGCCUUAGAUUAUUUUAAUUUCCUCAAUGAAGAGCAAAUUGUCAACGCAAGUAAAUAUGGGAUAAUUCAGCAAUUUGAUCCUUUAGAGACUAUCUAUACUGAAGAUUUGGGAUCAAUGAGCUAUGUCUACUUUGUUCUAAGUGGAGAAUGCGUUGUUCUUCAAUGUCUCCACAUGAAGGUAAAUAUGAUAAAUAGAGAGAAAAUUUUUGAGCUUGCAAUGGUACCAAAAAGGGAUAUUGAAAAUGCAGUUUUAGAAGAGGACACCAAAUCCAAUAGGAAUAACGAUACAGUCUUUGAUGUAAACGAUUUUAUGCAAUCAAGUUCUUCGUUAGACGAGCAUAAUCAAAGUAAAAAACGAGGACUUCGCAAAAUGGGUCUAAAGGAAAUUCAAAAGGCUUGUACUGAAAUGAAAAAGCCAAUAGCAAGAAGAUCCACGAAAGAACAGGGGCGACAACGGCAGCGACAACGGCAGCGAGAACGUGAACGAGAGAGAGAGGAAUACGAGCUUUACGUAUCAGGCGAAUCUGAAGCUGAUUACGAGCCUUUGGAUGAUAAGACGCACAGUCGGUAUAGUGAUAUGUCUGGUAUACUUUCGCCUUUGUCUGAGACCAGCCCAAUGAUUUUAGAAAGUGAAACUGAAGGUUCGGAAAUAUUUACCGCAUCAACCACAUCAGUGAAAGUUGCCUCCAAGGAGCCAACAAUUUUUGAACAUUUUGAAACUCACUUUAUUGACGUUGGUUCUUUAACGUACGGCGGGAUCUUUGGCUUAGGAGAAAAAAUGGACCACCGUGUUAUUAUGGCUCGUACAACGGUUCAGUGCAUAUUAAUUCCUCGUUUUUGGCUUUUCGAGGCUGGACAAAAUCCAGGAAACAUAUGGCAACGUCAACGCUUUUACAUAGAGUGCAAUAUUCCAACUAGAGAAGAUCUCUUUAAAGAUUUUCUAAAGACGCGCAAGUGGGAAAAGUUUCGGCAUGACUACAUUCAAAGCAUUCUUAAUGCUGAUUCUCUGGCGAACUUUACAAAAGGCGAAGACAUUCCCAUAAUAAGUCGCAUUGUGGAGACGAAAUCUGAAGAUGCUUAAUUGUUUUU